GCUCACAGGGAGCCACAAAGCACCGGAUUAAAGAAAAAAAUGAAUAAAAAUAAAAGACCAACAUUUGAUGAGCAAGAGUAAUAAAAAAAAUACAAAUCAUGCAAACAAUUGAAGUGAACAACAAAAAUGAGUCCUCAGAUCUGAAACGGAGUAGGCCCGAAGCCUUGCUUAUCAAUUUGUCAUAUCAGCAGACACAGAGUGUGGCAGCCGGAGCAGUCUUCAUAGCCUUAGACCAUGAAGAUGACCCUCAUAGAGAAUGAGUGAAAUUGGCUCUUGUCUUGUCUUUUCUGGGCCACCAUUUAAAUUGACCCAGCAACGGAACAGUGAAAGGCUCCACGUCCUGGAGAGAGGAGUGACAAUCAUGGGAGAGUGAGCGAGACCAUGAUGAAUGACCUUGGCUUGAAAGGUUGACUGUUUACUCUUCUCCAUGGCCUGCUGCGUCCCUCCAGCACUUUGUGUGUGUUUUAUGGAAUGCUUGCUUUUAUUAGUCAAGACAUUGAGUUCAACAGUCAAGAGUUCAUGUUGCAGAUGUAUAGAAUUCUGGUUUGGCCACAUCUGGACUAUCGCACAUGGUUCUUCCUACUGUAGGGACAAUAUUGAGGCUUUGGAGAGGGUGCAGAAGAGGUUUACCAGGAUGCUGCCUGGUUUAGAGGGCACGUGCUGUCAUGAGAGGCUGGACAAACUUGGGUCGUUUCCUUUGGAGCAGCGGAGGCUGAGGGGAGAUCUGAUCAGAGGUUCAUAAGAUUAUGAGGUGUAUGGAGAGAGUAGACAGGGAGUAUCUUUUCCCCAGGCUAGAAAUAUCUAAUAUAGAAGGCAUGCAUUGAAGGUGGGGGGCGGGAGGGGGUAGGUACAAUGGGGAUGUAAGGAGUUUUUUCAUUUAGAAGUGGUGGGUGCCUGGAAUGGUGGUGGAGGCAAAUACAUUAGGCUUAGAUAGGCAAAUGAAUAUGAGGAUGAAGGGAUGUGGACAUUGUGUAGAUGGGAAGGAUUUGUUUUUGUUUUCUAAAACAUUUAAUUUUUAUCUGUUUCAGCACAGCUUUGAAGGCCAAAGGGCCUGUUUCUGUGCUGUACUGUACCGUUCUAUGUAACACGUUGUGUCCAAUACAGAACACAUUUGGGGAAAGCACCAGAGGGGAGGAGAAGACUUACUAUGAAAUGGGAAGGAGAAAUUCUCUUUAGGUAAAGGGAAGAUUUAACACCAGAGAUCAAAUUGAUAAGAGGUCUUAAUGCAGCAGAGGGGCAGAAACCAGUUUCCUCCUAAAGAAUGGCAUUAUUCCACUGUUCUGAUAUCAGCAGAACUAGUAUCCAGACUGUCUUCUCUUUACCCCCAGUCCCGGGAUUUGGAUUUUAGGAGCUGGUGGUAUUUGUACAUCUCAAACCCUCUCAGUCAGUCGACCUGGCCGCAAACCGCUAGACGAAGCGGAGGCAAUGGCCGCCGUCCUACCCACAAUCCCCGGCGCCCCAGAAACCGCCCUCUCUGUCCGUAACGGGUCUAACGGGGGCCAGCCCCGGUGAGGGAGUGGAAGGGGCCGGGACUCCACUGUCCCAACGCGGCGGCGUGCGCUCGCCCGGGGAGGGGAACUCGACCCGCCGACACAAUCGCUGGCCGAAGGUCCGCCGGGCGCAUGCGCGCAGAGCCCUUCCCGUUCCUGCCGCCGCCGCCUCGGUUUCGCUGACAGCAAUAGGACGCUCCUGGAGGCCGAAGGACGUCUGGACGCCAUGGAGGCUGUGACCAAGAACAUCAAUGAGGACGGGACAGUAGACAUUGUCUACGUGGACUUCAGCAAGGCACCUCAUGAGGUCUACAGCCAAGGAAUGGAAGAAAACGAGAGUCCCGAGGAGGGAAACGCACGGGGACACAGGUUUGGGAUGCUCCCCCAGACUCAGCCGGAGCGAGAAUCGGAAGAAACGGGGGGAGAGGUGGAGGCUGAAGGAAAGGAUGACUGGAGCGUCGGACAGGACGCGCUGGCCAACGAACAGCUUUCAGUGGCGCAAGCCAGCUCGCGGAAGCACAGGGUCUCGGCAACGAAAGGAGGUUCACGUCAGGUUCGGCCAGGAUCCCCGGGGUGCGAAGGUCGCCGCUCCUCGGGCGUGGAAACAAAAGGCUCCCCUCCCAACACGGAGGAGCAGUUCACCGGUUCGGAGUGCGGGCGAGGCUUCGGCCAAGCCCCGGGGCUGUCGAGGCACCUGUUCAACCAUACUGGAGAUAAGCGGUGGGAAUGCGGGGAGUGUGGGAAGGGGUUCCUCUGGCCGUCCCAUCUGGAAAUCCACCUCCGCAGCCACACUGGGGAAAGGCCGUUCACCUGCCCCGUGUGCGGGAAGGGAUUCACGCAGACCUCCAAUCUACAGGAGCACAGGAGGGUUCACACCAAGGAGAGGCCGUUCAUCUGCUCCUACUGUGGGAAAGGAUUCUCACACUCGUCCAUCCUGAUGACCCACCAGCGGGUCCACACCGGCGAGAGGCCGUUCACCUGCUCCGAGUGCGGGAAGGGCUUCACCGAUUCGUCCAACCUGCUGACGCACCAGCGGGUCCACUCCGGGGAGAGGCCGUUUGUUUGCACCCUGUGCGGGAAGCGCUUCACUCGGUCCGACAACCUGAUGACGCACCAGCGGGUCCACACCGGGGAGCGGCCGUUCACCUGCCCCGAGUGCGGGAAGGAGUUCUGCCGCUCGUUCAGCCUCGUGAGGCACCAGCGGGUCCACACCGGGGAGAGGCCGUACAUCUGCUCCGAGUGCGGCAAGGGGUUCUCGCAGUCUUCCACCCUGAUGAAGCACGAGCGGAUUCACUCCGGCGAGAGGCCCUUUGCCUGCUCUCUGUGCGGGAAGCGAUUCACUUGGUUGGACAAGCUAGUGGCGCACCAGCGAGUUCACGCCAGACAAAGACAGUCCCUUCAGGUUUGGGAAGGGAUCCGCACAGUCAUCAAGGAAGAAGACACUACAGCCGAUUCUGCCCUUGGUCCACAGCUGUCUUGGUCAAAUCAGCUGAUGAGUCACCAGCGAGUUCAGACUGGGGAGAGGCCGUUCAUUUGCUCUGAAUGUGGGAAGGGAUUUACUCGGUCAUCUCACUUACUGGCACACCAGCGAGUUCACACUGGGGAGAGACCGUUCACCUGCUCUGAAUGUGGGAAGGGAUUCUCUCAGUCAUCUCACUUACGGACACACCAACGAGUCCACACUGGGGAGAGACCGUUCACCUGCUCUCAGUGUGGAAAGGGAUUUACUCAAUCAUCUAAAUUACUUGCACACCAGCGAGUUCACACCAGAGAGAGAGCAUUCAGCUGUUCCGUAUGGGAGAGGGGAUUCUCUCAGUCAUCUCAGCUCAUGACACAGCAGUCAGUUCUCACUCGUGAGAGGCCAUUCAUCUGCUCUGAAUGUGGGAAGGGAUUCACUGAGUCAUCCAACUUACUGGCACACCAGCGAGUUCACACUGGGGAGAGACCGUUCACCUGCUCUGAGUGUGGGAAGGGAUUUACUCGGUCAUCUCACCUUCUGACACACCAGUCAGUACACACUGGGGAGAGACCAUUUAUCUGUUCUGUAUGUGGAAAGGGAUUUACUGAUUCAUCUAACCUACAAGCACACCAACGAGUUCACACUGGGGAAAGACCGUUCAUCUGUUCUGUGUGUGGGAAGAGAUUCUCCCAGUCAUCUCAGCUGAUGACGCACCAGCGUGUUCACACUGGGGAGAGACCAUUCACCUGCUCUGAAUGUGGGAAGGGAUUCACUCAGUCAUCCAACCUUGUGACUCACUACCGAGUUCACACUCGGGAAAUUGUCCCGGAUAAAACUGGGUUAACAGGUGGACUGCUAGAUGGAGCAGCUCAUUGGGCUGAAGAGGCCUGUUCCAUGCUGUAUCUCCAAAUAAAAUCCACACCAGUGAGAGGCCAUUCACCUGCUCCUUGUGGGAGAAGAUUGACUCACCAAAUCUAUGUGCAGACACAUAAACAAGUUCACGAGAGAGAUAGAUUGUUCCACAGUUUAGUGUGUGGACAGGGAUUCAUUAAUACAUCCCAAAUGAUGAGACAACAGCAAGUUCAAACUGGAGGGAGACCGUUCACAUGCUCUGAAUGUGGGAAGGGAUUUACUUGCCCAUCAAAACUGCUUUCACACCAGCGUGUUCACACCAGGGAGAGGCCAUUUACUUGCCCUGAAUGUGGGAAGGGAUUUACUGAGUCUUCUAAUUUACUGGUGCACCAACGAGUUCACACUGGGGAGAGACCAUAUACUUGUUCUGAAUGUGGGAAGGGAUUUACUCAGUCAUGUAACCUACUGACACACCAGCGAAUUCAUACUGGAGAGAGACCAUUCAUUUGCUCUGAAUGUGGGAAAGGAUUUACUCUGCAAUCUCACUUACGGACACACCAGCGACUUCACACUGGGGAGAGGCCGUUCACCUGCCCCAAAUGUGGAAAGGGAUUUACUCUGUCAUCUCACCUACUGGCACACCUGCGAAUUCAUACUGGGGAGAGACCAUUCACCUGCUCUGAAUGUGGGAAAGGAUUUACUCUGCAAUCCCAGUUACGGACGCACCAGCGACUUCACACUGGGGAGAGGCCAUUUACCUGCUCUGAUUGUGGAAAGGGAUUUACUCUGUCAUCUCACCUAUUGGCACACCAGCGAAUUCAUACUGGGGAGCGACCAUUCAUUUGCUCUGAAUGUGGGAAAGGAUUUACUCUGCAAUCUCAUUUACGGACACACCAGCGAAUUCACACUGGGGAGAGGCCGUUCACCUGCUCCGAAUGCGGAAAGGGAUUUACUGGGUCAUCUAACUUAUUGGCACACCAGCGAAUUCACAGUGGUGAGAGACCAUUCACUUGCUCUGAAUGCGGGAAGGGAUUUACUCGGUCAUCUAACCUGCUGACACACCAGCGAAUUCACACUGGGGAGAGCCCAUUCACCUGCUCUGAAUGUGGGAAGGGAUUCACUCAGUCAGCCCACCUUGUGACGCACUACCGAGUUCACACUCGGGAAAGUGUUUAGCCUGCUGGAUAUUUAACCCUCACAGUUUCUGAAUCCAGAGACAUGUUGAAAAGUGACUGUUGGUGUCAGACUGUAAUCAUUGCUGCUCAUCAAACCAAGUCUGCACCCUAGUCACUGGGAUAAAGUGUUUCCUAUGUUGAUGUAAUGGGAAUUGAGUUUAACAUUCUGGAUCAGUAACAAACAAAUGAGUUCCAUUUUAAACAUUGUCUCAGGUACUUAGGUAAUCUACAACACACCCAGUUUACCAUUCGGAGCCAACACAGUCCAGCUGGUCUCCGCCCAUGUUUCUGUUCCACUAAUGUCCUUUUAAAUCCAUCCCUGCUUUUCACCUCUCAUUCUCCCUGUGGUGAUGGGUUCCAAAUAGUCACCAGUUGUGGGUGAAAAGGUUCCCCUUGAAUUUCCUAUAUGACUUUCUGCAGACUGAAUACAAGCUCAAUGCAGUUAUGUGCGACAAGUUCUUCAUCCCUCAAACCUUUGUGCUGAGGAAGAAUAGCUUUGGUUGUUAACCUCCCUAUUUCCUGUUCUUUUCUGUGUAAUACACAAGAGAGUGCUGAUGCCGGAAAUCCAGAGUAAUACUCACACAAUGCUAGAGGAACACGGCAAGUCAAAAGGAAAUUUGAAAGAAUGGGACUGAGGGGGCCUUUUUGGGUUUGUUACUGGAGACUAGUGGUGUUUCUGCAGGAGUGAUCUGGCUUCACGUCCGAACAUUAAAUGGUAUGACAAGUAGCCAGUGGCUUCAUUCUGAGUACAGUUACAACUGUGUACCAAAUGUCCAAUAUGCUGAAGCUAAUUAUUAUUAUUCUUGGCAUCAAGAGUUCCGAGCAUGUCUAACAAUGUCCUGUUGAAUCUCUCAGGCUGAGGAUCAUCUUGAAGAUGAUAUAGCAUUGUUCUUGAAGUUCUGGACUCUAAACAAGCUCAGUAACACAUGAAUGAGACUGCUCACAAAAUUCUUUCCCGGAUCACUGUGCAUCUUUCUCGGGAGGCCAUAAUGAAUAAAGUAUUUCU